CGAUCGAUUCAAGUAUAGAUCAGAGAAGAGAUGUUAUUAGAUGUGGAAGUGAUGGGAAACAAGAAGAGGAAGAGAUGUGGGAGAGUUUUCAGAUUCAAGAACUUUGGUGAACCUGGAUAUCCUGUGGAAUUCAGAGGGCCAUUUCGUGAGAACGUGAAUGCUUUGCUUGAGUUUGCCAAUUCAGAAUCUAAAUACUUAGGUUUUGGAAUGCCCAUAUGGUCUUUCCAACUUGAAGUUCAUCGCCACCCUCCUUCUCAUAUCUUCCUGUUCGUCAUUGAAGAAGCAACUGAGACAUCCAUGAACCGCCACUGCAAGCACUGUCAAUAUGUAGGAUGGGGAAAUCAUUUUAUAUGCAAUAAGAAGUAUCACUUUGUGUUGCCUUCGAAGGAGACACUGGCUGCGAGUCUGAGCUGUGAAAUGCCGUGUGAAGCAAUUACGGGCAACAGCCAUAAUAACGGUAAGUCAAAAUUAAUAGAAUUAGAGGGCCAUAUGAUGCAAGCUGUUUUUCACUCUAAUGGAUUUGGGCAUUUGCUCUCUGUCAAUGGCCUUGAAACCGGGUCGGAUCUUGCCGGACACCAGAUCAUGGACUUCUGGGAUCGCCUGUGCACCGGACUGCAAGCAAGGAAAGUGAGCUUGAAUGAUUUGUCACAGAAAAAAGGCAUGGAACUGAAACUUAUAAACGGAAUAGCAUAUGGUGAGCCAUGGUUUGGACGGUGGGGGUACAAAUUUGGAAGAGGAUGCUUUGGUGUGACUGAAUCUACGUACCAGAAAGCCAUAGAAGCAAUAAGAAGCAUCCCGCUUUACCUUCUGAACCCCCAAAUUAUUGCAGGCAACUCUACUUGCUCCUACCAUGACAUACCAAUCAUCUUCUCAAGGUACCAAACACUCUCAGAUCAAACCCUAGUCACACUUGGUGACUUGUUCCACUUCAUGUUGGAGCUCAAGUCUCAGCUUCCUCGCCGGGAAAACUACGCCGCCGAUUCCUAUAACACCACCUUCUCUGUUGAAGCCAAUUGCCGCUGGUCCCCCAAGAGGAUCGAAAUGGCUACUAGGGUUAUUGUUGAAGCCUUGAAAAGAGCUGAGUUCAGGUGGAUUUCAAGGCAAGAGGUUAGGGAUGCUGCAAGAACCUACAUUGGAGACACAGGUUUGCUAGAUUUUGUGUUGAAAUCUCUGGGAAAUCACGUUGUUGGCAAUUAUAUGGUUCGCCGGAGCUUGAAUCCUGUCACCAAAGUUCUUGAAUAUUGCUUGGAAGACAUCUCCAGUAUUGUUUCCCCCAGUCAUCAUCAACAAGGUAGUAGUAAUAAUAAUAAUAAUAAUACUAACAGAAGCAUAAAGGACAGGUACAAAAUCACAAGGGCUCAAAUCACGAAGGACAUGUUUUAUUUGUACAAGUACAUCCUUAAAGACCCCAAACAAACACAAGGAUCAUCAAUUUUCUCAGCAAUCCCAUUGGCAGCGAGAAUAAUUCUGGAUACUAAGUAUCUGAUCAAAGAGUAUUUCGGAGAGCUUCCUUUUCAAGCUGAUCUUGGGAUGACGGACGGAAAACUAAGUCUUCACUGUACAAUAAUGUUGAGAAACUACAACAAUGUGUUAAGGAUGCCACCCUACGAGUGUAUCACAUUGAGAAGUGAUGCCAACAUUAAUGACCUGAAACUAGACGUUGAGAGAAACUUCAGAGAGAUAUAUUGGGGAUUAAGGAGUUUUUGUGUGGAUUCGAUUAAGAACUUGAAGGUUUGUGGCGGGAAUGAGCUGGUGUUUGAGAUGGUGGAAGUGGGUAGCAAGCUGGUGGUUGAAGGAUCGAUUGAUAAUAACGUUAAUGGGGACAUCAUAAGUAACAUCGGAGAGAUUUGCGAAGUUAAUGAUAAUAAUGGGAUGGUUGUGGAAUGUGGUUGUGGGACCAAGGAAGACGAUGGAGAGAGAAUGGUGUGCUGUGAUAUUUGUGAAACUUGGCAGCAUACGAGAUGUGUUCGGAUUCCCAACGAUGAACAAGUUCCUUCUAUAUUUCUCUGCAAAAGAUGUGAACAAGAAAUUGUUAUGUUCCCUUCGUUGCCAUAG